UGUGUUGUUCGGCUCAGCUGGUGCAGUCCCGGCGUCUAUCCUUUGUCGAGUUCUCUCCGUAGGUGCUGUUUUUGCUGAGGUGCCAUGGGGGAGUCAGAGAAGUUUCACUACAUCUACAGUUGUGACCUGGACAUCAACGUGCAGCUCAAAAUAGGAAGUUUGGAAGGGAAGAGAGAACAGAAGAGCUAUAAAGCUGUCCUUGAAGACCCAAUGUUGAAGUUUUCAGGACUGUACCAAGAAACAUGUUCUGACCUUUAUGUUACUUGUCAAGUUUUUACAGAAGGGAAGCCUCUGGCCCUGCCAGUGAGAACAUCUUACAAGGCAUUUAGUACAAGAUGGAACUGGAAUGAAUGGCUAAAAUUACCUGUAAAGUACCCUGACCUUCCCAGGAAUGCCCAAGUGGCUCUGACUAUAUGGGAUGUGUAUGGACCAGGAAAAGCAGUACCUGUGGGAGGAACCACAGUUUCACUCUUUGGAAAAUACGGGGAAUGUAUUGUAUGUAAAAUUGGCAUUACCAUUCUUUAUCCUCCUUUCUGUCAGAUCUGUGUUAAAAUAUUCUCCAUUAUAUUUGUUCUGCAGCUAACUAAGGCUCAUCGACAAGGACACAUGGUGAAAGUAGAUUGGCUGGACAGAUUGACAUUUAGAGAAAUAGAAAUGAUAAAUGAGAGUGAAAAACGAAGUUCUAAUUUCAUGUACUUAAUGGUUGAAUUUCAGUGUGUCAAGUGUGAAGAUAAAGAAUAUGGUAUCGUGUAUUAUGAAAAGGAUGGUGAUGAGUCAUCUCCAAUUUUAACAAGUUUUGAGAUCGUGAAAGUUCCUGACCCUCAGAUGUCUAUGGAGAAUUUAGUUGAGAGCAAACACCACAAGCUUGCCCGGAGUUUAAGAAGUGGACCAUCUGACCACGAUCUCAAACCUAAUGCUGCCACGAGAGAUCAGCUAAAUAUUAUUGUGAGUUAUCCACCAACCAAACAACUUACAUAUGAAGAGCAAGAUCUUGUUUGGAAGUUUAGAUAUUAUCUUACUAAUCAAGAGAAAGCUUUGACAAAAUUCUUGAAAUGUGUUAACUGGGAUCUACCUCAGGAAGCCAAACAGGCAUUGGAACUUCUGGGAAAAUGGAAGCCAAUGGAUGUAGAGGAUUCCUUGGAGCUGUUAUCUUCUCAUUACACCAAUACAACAGUGAGGCGUUAUGCUGUUGCCCGGUUGCGGCAGGCAGAUGAUGAGGACUUGUUGAUGUACCUAUUGCAGCUGGUCCAGGCUCUCAAAUAUGAAAAUUUUGAUGACAUAAAGAAUGGAUUAGAACCUACCAAGAAGGAUAGUCAGGGUUCAGUGUCAGAGAGUGUGUCAAAUUCUGGAAUGAAUUCUGCAGAAAUAGAUAGCUCCCAGAUUAUAACCAGCCCUCUUCCUCCAGUGUCUUCCCCUCCUCCUGCAUCUAAAACAAAAGAAGUUUCAGAUGGUGAAAAUCUGGAGCAAGAUCUCUGCACCUUCUUGAUAUCAAGAGCCUGCAAAAACUCAACACUGGCUAAUUAUUUAUACUGGUAUGUGAUAGUGGAAUGUGAAGAUCAAGAUACUCAACAGAGAGAUCCAAAGACCCAUGAGAUGUACUUGAAUGUGAUGAGAAGAUUCAGCCAAGCGUUGUUGAAGGGUGAUAAGUCUGUCAGAGUUAUGCGGUCUUUGCUGGCUGCACAGCAGACAUUUGUAGAUCGGCUGGUGCAUCUAAUGAAGGCAGUGCAGCGUGAAAGUGGAAAUCGUAAGAAAAAGAAUGAGAGACUACAGGCACUGCUGGGAGACAAUGAAAAGAUGAAUUUGUCAGAUGUAGAACUUAUCCCAUUGCCUUUAGAACCCCAGGUGAAAAUUAGAGGAAUAAUCCCAGAAACAGCUACAUUAUUUAAGAGUGCCCUUAUGCCUGCACAGUUGUUCUUUAAGACAGAAGAUGGAGGCAAGUAUCCAGUUAUAUUUAAGCAUGGAGAUGAUUUACGCCAGGAUCAACUUAUUCUUCAAAUCAUUUCACUCAUGGACAAGCUGUUACGGAAAGAAAAUCUGGAUUUGAAAUUAACGCCCUAUAAAGUAUUAGCUACUAGUACAAAACAUGGCUUCAUGCAGUUUAUCCAGUCAGUUCCUGUUGCUGAAGUUCUUGACACAGAAGGAAGCAUUCAGAACUUUUUUAGAAAAUAUGCACCAAGUGAUAACGGACCUAAUGGGAUAAGUGCUGAGGUUAUGGACACUUACGUUAAAAGCUGUGCUGGCUAUUGCGUGAUUACAUAUAUACUUGGAGUUGGAGACAGGCACCUGGAUAACCUUUUGCUGACGAAAACAGGCAAACUCUUCCACAUAGACUUUGGAUAUAUUUUGGGUCGAGAUCCGAAGCCUCUUCCUCCUCCAAUGAAGCUGAAUAAAGAAAUGGUGGAAGGCAUGGGGGGCACACAGAGCGAGCAGUACCAAGAGUUUCGUAAACAGUGUUACACAGCUUUUCUCCACCUUCGAAGGUAUUCUAAUCUGAUUUUGAACUUAUUUUCCUUGAUGGUAGAUGCAAACAUUCCAGAUAUUGCUCUGGAACCAGAUAAAACUGUGAAAAAGGUUCAGGAUAAAUUCCGUCUAGACCUGUCUGACGAAGAGGCAGUGCACUACAUGCAGAGUCUGAUUGACGAAAGUGUCCACGCUCUGUUCGCCGCAGUGGUAGAACAGAUUCACAAGUUUGCCCAGGUAAGUUCUCUGAGGCAGUGUGUUUUUAUCUCAGCUUCUCCAUGUACUCCUCCAGAGUCAUUCAAGAGCCAUACUUCUUUCCUGCCAACUGGCAUCCUUUUUAUUUAUUUAUUUUUGGUCAGGCCCUUUUGAGAUCUUGCCAGCUAGCUGAAGUGAACAUGUUCCAUGCAUUAUUAACUCUAAAACAUAUUGCCCUUAAAAUUUCUCAGUAAUGACUAACUUGUUGGGGGCAUCCAGUAAGUGCAUUUGUCCUUUGUAGUCAGUGAUGAUUAUAAAUACUGCUGGAGUGUGAUCUCAGGUGUGGCAGAGGCCUUGGCAAGUGAGACUUGAACACUUGCUGGGCUUUGGUAAAUGUUAACAUGCUAAAGAAGGAGUGUAGAAGCUUAAGAAAUGCAGUCUGUACCACACAGUAGAAAGGUGUAUUUGUAGCUAGGCAAAUGAAAUUGUGAGAGUUAUUGACAACUUUUUUUAUUAUUAUUGGCAUGGGCCUUUUCCCAUAGAGAAAACAGUGGAUAAUGGAAGGAAUUGGCAAUAGAUGGGCAUUCUCUUAAAUUAGACACCAGAAGGAAGAUCAUUUUAUAAGUAUUAAAUAGAUGAUACCAUUUCUUGUAAAUAAAUAUUAAUUCUAUUUCCUAGGUUCCUAGUCUUCAAUUCUUCAGUAAAAUUCCAGUAGAAAUACUAAUCUGGUUAAAUGGUUUUUAAUAAUUACUUUGGGCUUGCUUAUUACAAACUCUUUGGAG